AUGAACAAUACAGAUCGCACCAUAUUUCUACGCUGGGUUGCGCUGGGUGCCAUGAGCCUUCAAGUGCAGCUGCACCCGGAGAAAAACAUGAAGAGCAUGGAAGAGGAAGCAAAGGUGGUCUUCUUCCCAGGAGUGGCAGCCAAGCUGUCAGGCAAUCGAACUGUCGCAAGGAAGCCACUACUUCCGCAGCAUUUCUUUGCAAAGUGCAAAACCAUUCCAAGGAACUGUCAGAAGUUGCUGCGGUCCACCGCUACCAACCCUUUAAGGCUCUGCUUUCUGGCUGCAAGCAUAGUGUGGAAACAAAAGCUGGGCAAAUUCAUCAGGGGUUCCUUCCCGGCCUGCAUCCUUGGCAGUACACCGAGAAAUUGA